CGUCGUUCAGUCCCCAUCCAGCACUCGAGCGCACUCUACGCCCACGGACGGGCCGGCCGCAGAAAUGGCGUCCGCCACACCGCAAGGCUUUGAAUGGCGAGGGCCGCCGGCGCCACCGCACCCCGAGCUCCCCAUCGGCCAGGUGCUGCUGGAUGCCCUGCGGAGACACGCCGCCGACCUCACCAAGCCGGCGCAGAUCGAGGCGGCCUCCGGCUCCAGCAAGACGUACGCCGAGCUGCUGCGCGACUGGGUGCACGCGGCGGCGGGCUGGCGGUCCCUGGGCAUCGGCGUCAACGACACCGUGGCCGUCUUCACGCGCAACAGCCACCACAGCUACACGGCCAUGAUGGGCGCCGUCCUGGAGGGCGUCACCCUGGCCACCAUGGUCCCCACCGCCAACGAAGCUGAGGCUCGUCUGCUGCUAUCCCGCGUCCACAUCCGCGCCUUGGUGUGCGAGCCAGCCAACAUCCAGGUGGCCCUGAACGUGCUGCCGGCGGGCGCCGUGCUGGUGGUGGCGGCCGAGAGCACGGGCGUGGACAACGCCGGCGUCAUCGCCGUGGCCGAGCUGGUGCGCUGGGGCGGCACCGUCAACGUGGACACGUACCAGGCGGCCGACGUUGGCGACCUGCGCGACCACGUCUGCUGCAUCGUGUACUCGUCCGGCACCACGGGUCUGCCCAAGGGCGUCAUGAUCACCAACUACGGCCUCGUCGCCAGCACGCUCCAGCCCAGCUGGUCCGUCGUCCCCAGCGACACGGUUCUGGUGACGUCCGCCGUGUCUUGGAUCACGGGCAUCUUCUACCUCAUCGUGCCCGUUAUCGUGGGCGCCACCCGGGUCGUCCUCACGUACACCAACGAGAGCGAGUGCCUCGACGUGAUGCGUGAGCACAAGGUGUCCAUGCUGUUCAUCGCGCCGGCGCGCUACUUCCUGCUGGCCGGCCACGUCAAGGCCCUGCGCAAGAAGGGCGUCGUCGUGGACCUCUCCAGCUUGCGCGUGGCGCUGGCGGGCGGCGCCGCCAUGUCCGCCGACUUGCAGAAGACGUGCUCCGAGGUGCUGGGCGUGGGCAUCGUGCAGGCCUACGGCUGCACCGAGCACCUCAUCCUGAGCGCGGACACCUUGCCGCCGCGCUUCGGCUCCGCGGGCAAGCUCGGCGCCGGCGUCCGCGCCAAGCUGGUGAACAUUCGCACGGGCGAGGUGAUCCGCGACGCCAACACGGAGGGCGAGAUGAGGGUCAAGUCGCACAGCUACAUGAAGGGCUACAUCGGGGACCCCGUGACGACGGCCAAGGCCGUGGACGAGGACGGCUGGUACUGCACCGGCGACCUGGCCAAGUUCGACGAGGAGGGCAGAGUCUUCAUCACGGACAGGAUCAAGGAGCUGCUCAAGUUCAUGAACAUGGAGAUGACGCCGUCAGAGAUAGAGGACGUCCUGAUGACCCACCCGGCCGUGCGGGCCGCCUGCGUGGUGGGCCGGCACCACGACGUGGUGGGGGACAUCCCCACCGCCUUCGUGGUCCUCUUCCCCGGCCAGGCGGCCUCCGAGCAGGAGAUUAAGGACCUCGUUAAGGCCCGACUGUCGGCAAACAAGCAGCUACGCGGAGGCGUGUUUUUCUUGGACGAAAUUCCCACCUCAGUGAACGGCAAGUACGACCGGAAGGCACUGAGGGACCGCCUGAGCAAGCUUCCGCCCGUCAGCGACCAGGUCCUGGGCAUCGCCAGCCAGCCCUGACGGCACUGCCAUGGCCACGCCGUGAGUUCUCCACCCAAAAGUGAUAUCGACAAACAAAGGCGGAUCACUGACAAGAUGCCGUCUACAGUAUUGACGUAACAUAUCUGUUUUGUUCCUUGUUUCUCGCCUAGUUUAUCUGGGCUAUGUUAUCUUUAUUGUUAGUACAAAUUGUUAGCAUUAAAUUAUAAUGAAAACGAGUUUGA